AUGAACGACGAAAAAAUACCGGCUCUGGAUCAUGGUAGUGAUUUUGCAGAAGCUGAAAGCCCUGGGAUAGAAUACGUUUCUAGGCCUGUCUCGGGGGCAGAACGAGACCUUGGGAAAGCAAGUGCUGCUGAAGAGGCUUGCCUAGUGGGGGAUCGUGAAGCUAUUGCUAGACUAGCAAUAUCCAAGGACGGUCUACUCAAUGACAAAAUUCGCAGAAAAGCAUGGCCCAUCUUGCUAGGAUACGACGAUGCAGAUGCAGUAACCCAGUCUCAACACGGCGAUAAAGAUGGAUAUCUCGAGGAUCAGUCGAAUUCGUCAUCGUGGAAAGACCUCCCUCCUCAUGGGGAUGAGAAUCAAGUGCAGCUGGACGUCAACCGAUCGUUCAUUUACUAUCCCACCAAUAUGUCACCGCGGGAGUCAAAAGCCCGGAAGCAAGAGCUUUCAGACUUAAUUGUGGAGGUACUGCGACGUCAUCCAAUGCUUUGCUACUUCCAGGGGUUUCAUGACAUUUGUCAAGUCUUUUUAUUAAGAUUUCAUGCUUCCAUCAAUGUCGCCCGCUUUGGAUCAUCUUCACCUACUCCGUUCUUUGCUUUAGCUGCUACUUUAACCCUUUAUGCUCAUGAUAUCCAAGAGUAUAGUGAUAUAGCAAGGUUAUUUGAUGUACUAUUGGCAAUGGACCCGGUUUUCCCUGUGUAUCUCUUUGCAGAGAUUGUUUUACACAGGAAAGAAGAACUAUUUGAGAUCCCUGAUGACGAGCCUGAAAUGCUCCAUUCCAUUCUUUCCAAACUUCCUAAGCCACUGGAUUUGGAAGGACUGAUUUCCCGUGCGAAUCUUUUACUCGACACUUAUCCCCCUGAAUCACUAUCAACAUGGAGUAAAAUAUCACCAAAAAGCGUCCUCAAGACAUCUCGGAUAUCACCUACAUCGAGUGGGAAAUCAUACACUUUAGAACAGGCUGAAGGGUUAUUUCACGCACAGUGCAGAGAAUUAGAAUGGGCAAAGAAGAAAGAGGAGAUAUUUAAAAGACUUGCAAAACACAAGGGGCCUACAACCGCCUUUGCCUUAACCAUCGUUGUUGGACUUUCGGCUGUCGGAUUGGGCUGGUAUAUGCGGAAGAGUGGUGUCAACUUGGAUUUGGAUGCAAUUUCCACUAUCCUCACCGGAUCCGCAACAUUAAGGCGUUUUUUCGCAACUAUUGGGCUGUCACGUUGA